AUGGCAAAUCUCGCUCAUGGUCCUUCACCAUGCUUCCAAAAUAAUGGCCCCUACAUUUACUCACCUUCAAAUCCGGACGAGGUCCCCUCUCCGCCGAGAAGGUACAAUUGUAGCCUCUGCUCAAGGUCCUUCCGGCGCCGCGAGCACUUUGAGCGGCAUCUCACAAGCCAUUCUAAAAGCAGAGACUUCAGAUGUGAUCUCUGUGGCAAACGGUUUGCGCGGAAGGAUACAUUGCAACGCCAUUCAACACUUCAUAGGCAGGUACCACUUAACAAGGUCCAAAAGACACUUCCAAGAGCACCCUGUGCCUGUCUCAACUGUGUCAAGUCAAAACAGCGCUGUUCUGGAUCCCAUCCAUGCGAUCGCUGCAAUCGCAAAGGUUGGCCUUGCGAGUUUACGAAGGGCUCCAAGGAAAGGCCGCCGCAAGGACUGGAGAUAUUUCCGAAUGAAACCGAAGGAAGGACGUCGAAUCAAAUAAAUCAGACUUCGGGCAACAGUCGUCCUGUUGAACCCGCCGUUGCGUGCGGCUUAUCCCCAAUAAGCACAGUCACAUCGGGCCCUAGUGGCCCAGACAGUGUUAACAUUGCUGGCGGGCAAUGUGCGGAUUUUCCCUUCUCAUGCCUGGCUCGACAAACCUCACAACACCCCGAGGCCAAUCUGCUGUCCGAUUCGUUCCUUCUUUGGCCUCUAAAUGAUGCCUUUGAGACUUCUGAUAUCGCUUCAACGGACCCCUCCAGUCUUCAGACGCUAUCCGAGAUGGGAGGGACCAUGGAUCAACCGUUAAAUAUAUCUCUUGAAGGGGAAACUCCUGCGGAGCUUUCGAUUUUUCAGCAUGAGCGUCCACGAUAUGCCGCUGACACUCCUAUGUCGCCCAAUGGGCAGUUAGCUAACUAUGUAUCAGAAAACGCUCUCACUGAGGAAGACCGUGAUAUUUUAAUAUCCGAGGAUUACGGGCAUCUUCCCAAGCCUUCAAUUUCAACAUAUGAAAGGAUCUGUGCGCACUAUGCGGAAAUGAGUCGGUCUUCACCAGAAGCCCCCCUCUCCAGCCUAUAUUCAUUGGACGUGUUGCACGUAUGUACGGAGUUGUACUUCGAACACUUUCACCAACAAUUUCCCAUUCUUCACAAAAGUACGUUCGAAGCCCGAAGUUCAUCGUGGCUUCUUUAUAUCGCCGUCGCCGCCGUGGGGAGCCAGUAUUCUCGACUUCCAAGCCGGAGUAGAAUAUUCUGUGACUUGGUAAACGCCAUUCGAGUGUCUUUGCUUCGAAAGCUCAGCUCCACUGUGUCACUUCAAAAUAAUCUUGAACUUGCCCAGGCAACACUACUAUUCAAUUUUACUCUUCUUUUCCACGGAAAACGUGAGAGUUUAAUGCAUCUGCAGUACCAAAGAAGUUUGCUGGUCACGAUGUGUCGUCCCCUCCUGACUCCCGGUCUCCUAUUUGCGAAGAGCGGCAUGUUAUCAAAUGCGGCUGUGUCGACCGAUAAUUGGACUCAGUGGAUCGCCGUUGAGUCUUGGAAAAGACUAGUUUACUUUACAUGGUUGGUUGAAUGUCUCGAGUUAAUCUUUUACGACAUUCCUCCUCUUCUUACGGUUGACGAUAUGCAUCUGAGCAUGCCCUGUAAUGAGGAACUUUGGCAGUCCGCAAGCUUCCAUGACUGGGAGAGGGCUCAAGGCCUACAGAGAGAAUGUGUCAGCGUUAUUUCUCUGCUCAAUAUGGAAGACAUUAAUCAAGCGUAUAUCCGCUCGUUGAGUGACUCUGCGCUUUGGAUAUCGGUAUUUGCGGUGUAUGUUGCGGAAAGGCGCUCUACUCAACAGCACUCGCUCUACCAUUCGUCCAGCAUACACAGCACCUCAGAAUACGAGAAGCUACCUUCUGUGGGGGGAGUUGUUACCUACAAGGAUGAUCGGGAUCCAGUUGAUUCCAUACUUGAGGGUUUUCAACAGGCCGUUACUCAACACCGCAAAGAAUCACCUCUCCGUCCAAUCGUUGCGAAAUUCUCUCUUGUUCUCAGACUACUUCGCUUCGUCCAAUACCGUCUUUUGUACGUCUCUUCGGGGUGGAUGGCACAGCUUCAGGAGGUCGACGCUGCCGCGCAACAUAUCGCACAGCUACUUCAAACGGAACCGCAACGGGCUCGCCAGAGUCUCUUGCAUGCUGCCCAGUUGUUCCGCAUAAUCCGGUCCCAACGUCAAUUCGAACCCCACGACUCUAUCAUUCUUCUUAUGGCCGUUCUAUACAUCUGGAACUACGAUAGAUUCGUCAUCUCAGACAAAGCCUGUGACCCUUCUAGUGGAGACGCUGAGAUUCUUCGGAUUGACCAAAGUAUGGACGAGGAUUUACAGAAGAAAUGGAUCACAGGCACAUUUGAAACGCCCAAACAGGUCCAUAUCAGUGGGCUUGGGGUGCUUAAUGGGCGGGAUAGCGUGCCGCGCAUUCUUAGGGAAUCAGUGAGGAUCUUGAGCCAUGAGAAGGCUUGGUCAGGACUGGCGAAUGCUAUCAAACACGCACUGCAUCAGAUCGUAUUAGGGGGUGCUCCAUCAUUUCCUGCCGAAGCUGAAUGA